CAGCGUGCGGCCCGCGUGAAAAUUUGAGGCCGCAGCCGGGCGACUAUCUACAAGGGGCGCCCGCGGAAGCCGGCCGACAUAUUGGCCGACCGCGCCCCUCAUUAAUUCGCGCACCCGAACCUGGACCGCCUUGAGCUCCAGGCAUCGGGCAUGAAGCCGCACAUCCACCGAAACUCGGUCACUGUGCGCGAGCCAUCGACCCGCGGGCCGCGGGUGAUUAGCAACCAACGAAGCGACUCCGGGGCAAGGUCGGGGCACCUGCAGCGACCCACGAGAGCGCGGAGGAUGGGCGCGGCUAUCGGACCCAGAGCCGCACGCGGUAGGGGGGCGCUGUGGGUUGCUUGGUCAGUUGUGUCUUGUGUGACAAUCCCGCCGCCCCCAUGGCGAUUUGGAGGAAUUAUGGCGCGCCGGGUUUGGAAAGGCGGCUGGGGGAUGUGUCGGGCCCGCGUUGGGUCUGUCAAGGGACGCGCACCCGCCCAGAUCGAUGCGGCCCCCGGCCGGGCAGAGCCAAAGCGCCGGGCGCGGAGCAUUUCCUUCGCGGCCGGGUUCGUUGCCCCUCGUGCGCGCGGGCGUGGCGCCGCCGGCCGGCCCGGAAGGCGCGCCGGUAAGCUUUCCUGCGUGCCUGCGUCGCUCGCAGCGCAUUCGGUUGGACAAAAUCGCUUGGGUUCAAGUUGGCAGAAGCGGCGAGCGGUUCGCCGCCCCGUUUGCUGGUUCCAUUGGGCGGGAAACUUAUACGGCUCAGCGAUGGCGCACGUUCGGCCCCGGCCGCGCCCUACCUUACCCCCGGGCCAGCGAGCGGCCCCAGCCGCCUGCCCGGCUGCUGGCUGGGCGCCCGCCUGCGCGGCUCCCUGUGUGUAUUCUGUGGCCCGGCGCCCCCUGUGCCGCCCCUCGAGGCCUUGGCUGGCUUGGUUGGCUUGGCAUGGUUGGCGGCGGGCCGGCCGGUGUGCCUUCCAGCCGGCCCGUACGUAGGUAUGUAUCGCUUGGAAGGUCGGGCGCCCCGUAUUGCAUGCCCGCGCCCCAUGUGUCCCGCCUGUUUUCCGGCCGGCGGGCGGGGCAGGCCUGCCAGGGAAGGUGGGAAAGAAAGUUCUUCGGGCGAGGCGCGGGUCCCGGUUCGUAUCCGAGAACAAUGGACCUGCCGCAUUUGCCUUGGCUCCCUCGGCUCGCUCACUCGCCCUGACCGUCCACCGCGUGCGCGCAGGUGGGUGCGUUUCGACCUGAAAAUGCGUCUCCGCGCCACUCUUCCUCGCGCUUUACUCGAGACUAGACGGCGUGCCGAAGUAUGUGCGUAAGAUAUGGAAUCUUGCGACCCCCACGGCGACGCGCGGCGCUUCCCUUUACCGGUCUAGGCUGGCCAUCCAUGUUUGUUCCUCUGUCGCACUCCCAAAGGGGCUAUGCAC